AUGGUGCAACGGAAUGACAGUCACAUACGCGUGUUCGGAGUGUUUGUGGUGGCAGAAAUCACGGAAUACGUGAUUAUGAAGAUCACCCCCAUUCCUUUAAAGAUGGAAGAUUCAACCGUUUGGGAAUUAAGUACAGACAACAACAUAAUUAGCGUUGACUACAACAAUCAAUUAUACUUCGAAUUAACGGACGAAGAAUUCAAGAACAGCAUUAAGAUAGAGAAGCACAAAUUUCUAUGUGCACCUACAGUAGUAAAAAAGAUGGAAGACAGCCCUAACUGCAUCAUAAGGGAAAUUUACAACCAUACGGAGAACAGCAAUUGUAACAUUCAACAACAUACAAUUACCAGCACCAUAUGGAAACAACUUUACAUGGAAAACAAACAACCCACAAGAGUGGCAAUCAUAUGCAACGGACGUCGACAGGAGGUUAUGUUAAACAAUACGGGAAUCAUCAACCUAUCCCAGGAUUGUCGACUACAAACGAGGCAAAGCAUCUUAAACCCGAGAAGAGAUAAAUCUAUAAUGGUACUCGGCAGUUACAUCAAACACGUUAAUAUCAGUACUCAACAUACCAAGAGGCACCCACACCACGUACAUCCACUGGAAGAACCUGUAGUGAAGGCCGGAGAACAGUUGAACCAGCUAAGGGAUAAGGAGCAAGAACUACAAAAUCACAUUAGGGAAACUGCAUGGCAGAAAGUAACAACACAUUCAAUGAUGACGAGCACUCUAACUACCAUAAUAAUCAUUACGGCAUCAUUGGCUAUUGGAGGAGGUUAUAUCUGGUAUAAACGACGACAACAACCAUCCCGGCAAACAACAAAAGACAUAAAGAUGGAACCAAUAAUAUAUGCUCAACCAGAAACACAAGGGCAGAACACCGUUGGAGCUGUCGCGAGUCGGCAGAAUGUUUAA